AAAGCCUUAAGCUUUUUGCUCUGCCUCCACCUCCCAACACCUUUCCCGAAACAGAGUCGAAAAACAGAGGAGCAACAGAGAAACACUUCCAGAGCCUUAGAGCCUUAGAAAAAACAAUGGAUUCCUGCCUCUUUCACUCCCCAAAUUCUAACUCCUCAUCGGAAUCUUCAUUUGGGUCACCGGAGUUCUUCCCUUUGCACAACAACUAUCUUCCUUUCAACGAAAAUGACUCCGAGGAGAUGCUUUUAUACGGGCUACUCGCGGAGGCUACACAAGAAACAUCAGAAAUAACGUAUCCUAAUCAAGUAAAGGAAGAAGAGGUUAGUUCAAUGGAAAACGAAAGUCCAAAGAAAGAAAAGUCUUACCGGGGUGUAAGAAGGCGUCCGUGGGGGAAGUUUGCGGCUGAGAUAAGGGAUUCCACCAGGCACGGCAUAAGGGUUUGGCUUGGAACAUUUGACAGUGCGGAAGCUGCUGCUUUGGCUUACGAUCAAGCUGCUUUUGCCAUGAGAGGCUCCGCCGCGAUACUCAACUUUCCGGUGGAAAGAGUGCAAGAGUCGCUGAGAGACAUGAAGUGCCACCAGGAGGAAGGGUGUUCGCCGGUGGUGGCUUUAAAGAGAAAACACUCCAUGAGGAGGAAAAUGAUAAGCAGAAGCAAGAAAGAAAGAGAUGUCAGGAUAAACAAUGCGGUGGUGUUGGAGGAUUUAGGUGCAGAUUACUUAGAAGAACUUUUGACUACAUCUGAAACUGCUAGACCUUGGUGAAUCCAAAAAAAAGAAAAGAAAAAAACAGCAAGAAUAAAACUUGUUGUUCAUCUAUUUCUAGUCUUCUUUUUUUUUUUUCUUAACUCUGCCUUGAGCUCUGUUUUUGUUUUUCCUUCAGAACCCCACCAUUUGUAAUCAGAAAAGGGUGUAAGAAGGUUCACAUUUUGAUAUUUUUAAAUGUGUAUCCUCUCUUUUUCUUAUUCCAUUUUGUGUAAAGUUGAGGAACAAGAAAUUAAGAAUAGCAAUAAUUUCCAGGA